GCGCAGAGCCUGCCGGAAGCCGGCGUCCGGGGUGCUGAGACGCGUGAGCCAAGCGGGUGGGUUGAGGCAGACCCUGUAACCCACAGAUGAUGGCAGCCAUGUUGAGUAAGGACCUGUGCACGCUGUGGGACUCUGUGUGGCACCCAGGUGGCGUGGCUCUUGUCCUUCUCCACACCUAGCACUCUUUGGACUGUUGCUGUGUCUCUGCUGUAGCCAGAGCGUGCCCUCCUGUCAACGACACUGACCAAGCCCUCACUUCCCAUGACUUACCAAUGUGCCCUGUCUGUGGCAGGAUGGCAAAGCAGAAGAGAAAAGGUGACAGAGAAAAUGAAUUGGCGGAGAAAAAGAGCAAAAAACAGAAGAAGGCAGAAGAGAGGUCUCGGGCACCUGAGGCCAUGCAGGAUGGGGAGGAAGGCGGCCCAGAGGGAGCAGCAGUGAGCAAGAUGCAGGAUGCAGGCCCCGAGCUGUCCCCCGAGGAGAGGAGGGUCCUGGAGAGGAAGCUGAAGAAGGAACGGAAGAAGGAGGAGAAGAAACGGCUGCAGGAGGCGGGUGUCACUGUGGCCCAGGCCCCACCUGCCAGGCGCUCGGGCGCGGAGCUGGCCCUGGACUACCUCUGUGGGUGGGCCCAGAAGCACGCGAGCUGGAGAUUCCAGAAGACAAGGCAGACAUGGCUCCUGCUGCACAUGUACGACAGGGACAAGGUUCCUGACGAGCACUUCUCCACCCUGCUGGCCUACCUGGAGGGGCUGAAGGGCAGGGCCCGCGAGCUGACCGUCCAGAAGGCCGAAGCCCUGAUGCAGGAGCUGGACGCGGCGGGCGUGGACGCCGCCCCGGUGGGGAAGGCCGGGCGUCUCCGGCAGGUGCUGCAGCUGCUUUCCUGCAGCCCGGGGGACGGUGGGGGGCACUGUCGCCAGCGGGCAGCACUGAGCCUCAGCACGCACUGACCCCACUGACCACCUCCUCCCAGUGGGAGCCACAGGAGCCAGCAGGUCACCAGGCCCCGGAAAGGACCCUCCCUCCUCUCCCUGGCCCUCAGAGCAGGGCGUGGUCUCCCUGCAGUGGCCCAGGACACCAGUCGCACCCAUGGCCCUCAAGCCUGGGCAGUGGCGGUCAACCAGAUGUCUGUUUUUCUGCCAGCGGUGUUGCAGAAACAGGUCCUCCCCAAGGCCAGCGCUCCCCAGCCACGCACCUGUGUCCCCUUCCUGUGCUCAGUUCCUGGGGGCGCAGCGGGGACCCUGGGGGACCCUGGGCCUCGGCGGACACGCUUUCAAUAAACGCCCGUCGGGCUGUGGCUCUUGCUCGGCGUUCGCUCACACUCUGGGUCGUGGCCCCGCUUUUCCUCGGCUGAGUGCGUCGGGCCACCGCCCGUCCUUAGCUAUGGCCUCCCUAGGGCAGCGCCCGGCGUGUAGGGACAUUUGUAGUGGCCUCUGCAGCCAGGACACAUGAUCCCUCCGUGUCCCCAGCACUGGGUGGGCUGCCGGCCAGGUGGCCUUUGAUGAGGUGGAGUCUCACGCCCCACUGGACACGGUCAGCUUCAACCUGGCACGAGGCACCGGGUGGCUCCUGAGGCAGGAGAGGGGACACGGCCCCACCUGGCUUAUGGGAACACACACCAGCCUGGCCACACUGGCUACCCCUGUGGGUGUCCACCCUAGCCUUGGAGCCAGGCCAGCUGAUCGAGGGGAGCAGAGGUGAUGUCCCCACGUCUUGUGGACAAGGUGCAGUC